GCUCCCAUGUAUAACAAUGAGUCGAGUGUUGAUGAGGAGGUAGAUAUCGUGGAUCGACUGUAUGCAAGGUUAGAGGCGACGCAUAUUGAAGAGGAAGAAAACAAAGAAUCAAUUACACCUGCAGUCAAUGGAAUAGCAAUUAAACCAAGAAAACCAAAUAGACAUAAAUUACGAAAGGAACGCAAAGCAGCUAAGCUUGCUGAGGAACAGAAUGAGGCCGCAGAAGAGGCUAAGAACCAAAUUAAUAUGAACGAGAUCGAAAGUAACGCAAUUACAGAAUUAAUUAAGCCCAUGGGAUUAGUUGUAAAGGAGGUGAAUUAUCGAGAAAUGAGACAUGAAGCUGCAAUGUAUAUGCGGCAACACCCUGAUGAUUUCCUACCGUUUUUAUCAAAUACGAAAGAUGAGGAAAUGUACAGUUUGGAACAAUUUCAAAAAUAUUGUGAUGAGUUGGAAAACACUGCGGUGUGGGGUGGGGAACUAGAGAUAAUCGCAAUUUCGAGAGUUUACAAGGUCCCUAUACAUAUUGUACAAAUGAACUCGCCGAUUUUAAAAAUGUCUGAUGAUAUAUUUCUUGACAAGGACCCGAUCUUCUUAUCGUAUCCUUUUAGUAACUUAAAAUUCAAUAGAACAACCACUAUUAUAAUUUAA